GGAGGAGGAAGAGGAGUCCGUCAGUGGAUGUGACACGCUUACAAAUACAUAGAAAACAACCCAGCGAGCAGCAGGAGACCAUGCUCCGGCUCCAGCAGCGUGUUUAGACUGCUAGAUUCAAGUGGACAUCGGACUUUUGUUUUCGUGUUGUUUCUCUGUCUUCCCGUGUCCUCGGAGGCAGCAGCGCCAUGGUGAAGCAGUCGGAUCGAGCCCCGCUACUGGACUGGGAGGAAAUCCCACCACCCGACCCGAACCAGACGGGCCCGCCGCCGCCGCCGCCGCCGCCGCCGCCGCCACCACCGCCGCGGGACGGGGACGCUCCGGCGGAGAAAAGUUCGCAGCCACCGACAGGCACUGCGGCUGGUUCUGGGUGGAGCAGCAGCACCACCGCCGCCGCCGCCACCAUCGCCACCACCACCAUCACCUGCAGUCCGUCUAGGAAUGUAACAGCUGCUGUUGCCAGCGGGGACGGAAGCCCGGGCCAUCCGCGAACAGAUCUCCGUGGGCACGGGUGGAAUCGCCCGGAGCCUGUCGGUACAGAUCGUAACGUUCCCUUCCCCGGCCUCUCGGUGCGAGAUCAGUGGGAGGAAAAAGACCAGAUCGUGGCUGUGUUUGUGGUUACCUUUGAUACGAGAUCAGGGAAUAUGGUAGAGUGGUGCCUGCCUCACGACAUCAACCUGGAUGGAGUUGAAUUCAAGUCCAUGGCCAGCGGUUCCCAUCGGAUCACCAGUGACUUCAUAUAUUUCCGCAAAGGCUGUUACUUCGGUCUGGCCUGUUUCGCUAACAUGCCUGUGGAGAGUGAGCUGGAGCGAGGAGCGAGGAUGAAGUCUGUGGGAAUUCUGUCUCCCUCCUACACUCUGCUUUACCGCUACAUGCACUUCCUGGAAAACCAAGUCAGACACCAGUUGCAGUGUCCAGGCCAGUAUUCUCCACUGGAGGCCUUCUAUGAGGAUAAGAAGGCUGUCCUUCCACCCACAGGAAAUGGCCUGGUCACCGCUUGUCCAACCUGGAGUGUUACAAGCAUCAACCGCUGCAUGCACCCAGAAAUGAAGAUCACCCACCCGGCUGGCUGCAUGUCUCAGUUCAUCCAGUUUUUUGGUGAGCAGAUAAUGGUGCUGUGGAAGUUUGCUCUGCUUAGGAAACGUCUCCUCAUCUUUUCCCCUCCACCUGUUGGUGUGGUCUGCUACAGAGUGUAUUGCUGUUGCUGCCUGGCCAACGUGUCUCUGCCUGGAAUCGGCGUCUCUGUGCCUGAAUUACGGCCUUUCUUCUACAUCAACAUAGCCGACAUCACUGCCCUGGAAACAGAGAUGUCGUAUGUGGCCUGUACCACAGAGAAGAUUUUUGAGGAGAAGAAGGAGCUGUACGACGUCUAUGUCGAUAACCAGAAUGUGAAAACGCACAGAAGCCAUCUGCAGCCGUUGCUCCGUCUGAACUCAGCAGAUAAGGAGAAGUACAGGAAACUGACUGAACAGAGACAAAUGUUGCUGUACUCUCAGGAAGUGGAUGGAGACUGCACGUCAAAUGAAGAGGAUCUUUUCAUUUUGUUCUUCAUGGAGCUGAAUAACCGCAUCUUCCAGACCCUGUCAGAGGUAGCAGGGAGCACUGAUCCCACCCUGACCACUGAGCAUGUGAGAGCCAUGGGGCUGGAUCCCCAGGGUGAUCGCUCCUUCCUGGUUGACCUGCUGGAGGUGUACGGCAUCGACGUCACCCUGGUCAUAGACAACCUCUGUUGCCCCUGAGGCCCCCCGACCCCACCUACACCACACACUCAGCCUGGGAAACUCAGGAUGUCACUGGAUUAUCUGUGCCUUCAAGGCCCACACACACCAAGACACUGAAGACACUGCCUCCACCCUGGGGUUUCAUCUGUUUCCUCCUGUCCCCUCCUGGGUGUCUGUUUCCCCUCUGUGUGUGUCUCAUCUGACCUGUGGAGACUGUUUCCGACCAGUGUGGGUGAUAAGGACUCUUAAACGUUGGUGCACUGGUCCACGAUGGCUGAUAAACACCUGCCUAGCAGACAGUGUCGCUUGGCAGCUGCGCCCUCUUAUAGCCAUUCACAUCUCAUGUCACUCUGUACUGUUUUUGUUUUUUUUUCUUUUUGGUCAGAUGUACUGUUUUCAUGUGUGUGCUUGUCUGACUUUGAUUCCUGCUUAAGUGGCCAGGCUUUAAGCACUGGACGAAGACAUUAAAAAAACAGUCUUGAUCAGGCCUGGUCAUCGCAGCAGGAUGAUUGGUCUCAUCACAGUGAAGAAAGUCAGUGGAACGUUCACAAUCCUGCAGCUUUGCUGAUCACUUAUGGUUUUUCUGAAGAAAAGAGUUUUAUGAUUGGGAAAUGUUUUUAGUCCCAGAAAUGAAUUUGUGUGCUUCAGAUACCUUUCAUUGGAAAUUCUAACCACCAUAAUGUGCGACAAAUCCAACAACUUCAAAACUUCUGCUGUAACAGCAUACGUAGGCAGAAAAAUCUGUCUUGCUCUCGUAAAGCUACUUCUGGAGUUAGAAAAAUAAAAGCUCUUUGACUACUUUAUUUGCCUUUCAAAGAGAAAGCAAUAUGAGUCUGUGAUGGUUGAAAGUAUCGGCCUUUUCAAUGUAUAUUCUCUUUUUUUAUAGCGGGUAGGGUUAAUUAUUCUGAAGGAGAAAAAAAAAUGUCAUAAAAACUUAGUUCACCUUUAUGCACCUUCAACACGAGGUAGACCUGGAGACUUUUUGUCACGUGAUGUGUCUAACUUGUCGUAAUUGGCAGAGGUUCUCAUCAAUGAAUGUGACUCUAUAACACUAACUUAUCAUGAAUGCUGCACCAUGUCCACCACUGGACUAUUUCCUGAUGCACACACUGAUCAUGCUUAACUAUACUGUUUUUUUUAAUGCUAUGUUUAUGACUUACAGUCUGAGCCAGCAAAUGGUUGUGGAAUGGAGGAGUUGUAUGUGUGUGUUGUGCUGUUCUUUUUUUUUUUUUCUUUCAAACCAGAAGCUGGUUUAUCAGUGGAAGCUAAUAUAUCUCUUGUGAUCCUGUUGAGUGAAGAGUCCUUGGUGGAGCUGUUUGUAGUUUACUUGUUGAUCAGCUUCAAAGAGAUCCUCCUCUCCAGUUGUCUGUGUCCAUGACAAAGAUCUCUUUGUGUUUUUUUUUUUUUUUUUGAGAUCUGGUAACAUCAGGCUUAGGCCUGAGCAGGAGCUUUAACUCCUCCUCUACGGGCAGAUUCACAGAAAGGCCCCCGUCUUUUCCAGCUGAGGGUUUCCUCUCAUUCUUUUCAACGCGGUCCCAUUCAGUGAAUCCAGCUCUAGUGAUGGGCCAACUGUGUCUUUUGAAUGCGGCUGGCAGGCUGGUUUAGUUCAUCCAUCACAUUGCCAAUCGGAGUGAUAAUUUGUUCCAUGUUGGAACACAUGAGGUUGAUGUUUGCCUCGUAUAAAUUUGGAGCAGUGGUUCUCAGCCUUCUCAUGGGCCCCCUGAUUGCAAGCUAAAACACCAAGUCAUUUUUAAAAAAAAACUUCUCUGUGUCUCCCCCUUUCCUGGACAUUGCUAUUGGUACUGUGCACUGUGUGUAAGUACACUGACAGCCACUGGAAAACCUGAAUCAGAUUCCUUGUAUGUUAUUCUCUUAAUUCACUGAAAAACAUCAACAGUCAACAGAUACUCAUAUUUUCCAUCAUCACAUUCCAUAACAUGUUCGUUCAGGGGCUUGAUUUGCAGGUUGAGAACUGCUAGUUUUAUAAGCCUGUAUUGUAGCUUGACUUGCCACUUAAGCAGGUCAAGAUGUUUUCUGGUUUGGUUUCUAAAAAAAAAAAAAAUGAAAGAAAGAAGGUGCUUUAAAUGUUGUAUAUGAAAGAAAAGGGCAUCUUUGUUGUUUAAAUGAGGCCUUAAGGAAAUAUGACUUUCUCAAACUUACUUCA